AUGUCCCGAAAACGUCCGAUCCUGGUGGUCCAAGGGUACACUUUCGCACAGACCACCAGCGACACUCGCUACUGGAACUGCAGCAACAAGAUGUCGCGAAACUGCAAAGCGAAACUGAAAUUCGACAGUAUAUUUUUGACAUACUACACUUUGAUGCCCCGAAACAGUCCUGUCCUGAUGGUCCAAGGGUACACCUUCGCGCAGACCACCAGCGACAGUCGCUACUGGAACUGCAGCAAGAAGAAAUCGCGGGAAUGCAAAGCGAAACUGAAAUUCGACAAUUCGCAUCAUCUAGUCGAUUACUACCUGAAACACAAUCAUGUUCCGCCGAAAUACAUUGUCGACAAAAGCGGCCAACGCAUCCAGUUACACUCG